AUGCUUGUUCCUUCUUCACGAGAUUUGAUUGUUUUAAAAGUGUACAAUGAAGAGACGAUUCGACGAUUUUACUUUUCAUGCGGACAACCUGCUUCAUCAUCAAUAACAUCAACGAGGACACCACUGCUCGACGCUUUAAUUGCAAAAAUUAGACAUGUCUUUGGGAUCAACACGGUUCCGAUGUCGGAGCAAAAUUCAAACAGUUUUUCAUUAAUUUAUAAAAAUUCAAUUCCAAAAACAAUCAUUCCGAAUAAUCAUGGAUGGGAUAUGAAUGGACAACUAUUACAUGUAAAUUCUGAUGAAAUACUAGUUCAGUUAAUUAAAAAUAGUUUAGAAACAAAUUCGGAUUUGCGAUUAAUUAUUGAUCAUAAUUAUGCUGCCAUGGGGUAUAGCAACAAUGCCUCGACUCCAACCUCUUCCAAUACUACCGCUAGUACCAAACCUGUCAUUCCUAAACCAUUACCAACAAUCCCUGUUGUCACAAACAAUAACAGUACCACUGCUGUAGUGGACGCAUCCACGAAAAUAACAUCUAACCAAACAACUAAAACGACGAUACUAACACCGCGAGAAUUGACUUUAAAAAUUAUGGAAAAAACAACCAAUCUAAGCGAACCAGCUCGUGAAAAAUUAUUUGAAAAAUGUCUGAAAUUUAUUGACGACUGUUUGAACCAAGUAGAUCCAUCGGAAAACAAACCAUUGAAUAGCUAUGGAAAAGAAACAACUCAUUUUGGCAGCACGCCAUCGUCAUUAUCAAAUUCUUCUGCACUUCAACAAGACAUAACAUACCCCAGUGAGGAGCAUCAACCAAACAAAUAUGGACGUAAAUUAGCAACAUUUGUGGCCGAUCUUUCGAUACCUGAUCAUACCAAGAUGAAACCAGGAGAGCAUUUCAAGAAAACUUGGAAAUUUAAAAAUUGUGGUACUAGAGCUCUUCCUAAAAAUUGCAAGCUCAUGUUUCUUCAAGGAAAGAAGGCAAAUUUCCUUAAUGCUCCUGAAUUUGUUGCUCUCAAAAAUAGAGAAAAUGAAAUUCAAGUGGGUCAAGAAUUUCAAGUGUCAGUAGAUUUGCAAGCUCCUUCAACAUCAGGUGUAUAUUCGGCCUACUUUCGAUUGGCAGAUGAAGAAGGUAUAUUAUUUGGUUACAAAGUCUGGGCAUGUGUCGAUGUUGUUCUAGAGUAA